AUGUACUGCAACUACCUUGGAAACUACUAUGGUAGCUACGGCUGUGGCCUUGGCUAUGGCUGUGGCCUUGGCUAUGGCUCCCGCUAUGGCUGUGGCUAUGGUUCCGGAUAUGGCUGUGGCUAUGGCUCCCUCUAUGGCUGUGGCUACGGUUCCGGAUAUGGCUGUGGUUAUGGUUCUGGAUAUGGCUGUGGCUAUGGUUCCAGAUAUGGCUGUGGUUAUGGUUCCGGAUAUGGCUGUGGCUACGGUUCCAGAUAUGGCUGUGGCUAUGGUUCCGGAUAUGGCUGUGGCUAUGGUUCUGGAUAUGGAUCUUCCUGCUAUAGCUACCGACCAAUUGUUUACAGGAGUUGCUAUUCUUCUUGCUGCUAA